UGAAGAAGUCAGCCUAAGAAACUCUACAGGUAUCUCCUCAGCCUGUGUCGCUGCACCCUGAUCAAGCAUUAACUUUCAUUUACUAGCUCAAAAGCAUGGAUCUGGUAGACAGUUGCCAUUUUUCCCCAUCCGAAUUCUUCUAUGACAGUUCCUGCAUCCCUUCUCCAGAGGAGGAAUUUACAGAUGACUUUGAGCAUGGUUUGUCUGUCUAUGGAGCACACAAAAAAGACUUCCAGGAAUCAGAUGAAGAAGAGCAUGUGAGAGCCCCCACCGGCCAUCACCAAGCUGGCCACUGUCUCAUGUGGGCUUGCAAAGCCUGCAAAAGAAAGUCUUCUACAAUGGAUAGGAGAAAGGCAGCCACCAUGAGAGAAAGGAGGAGACUGAAGAAAGUCAACCAUGCAUUUGAAACUUUGAAAAAAUGCACCUCUACAAACCCUAACCAAAGGCUGCCCAAAGUGGAAAUCCUAAGAAAUGCCAUCAAGUACAUAGAGAGCCUUCAAGACUUGCUAAGAGAACAAGUAGAGAGUUAUUACAGUCUCCCAGGGCAAAGCUGUUCUGAACCUAAUAGUCCAUUGUCAAGCUGCUCAGAUGGCAUGAUGGAAUGCAGCAGCCCACAAUGGUCCAGCAGAAAUAACAGCUUUGACAAUGCUUACUGCUCUGACUUAUCUACAUCCUUUGCUACAAACAAACUCUCAGCACUCUCCAGCCUUGACUGCUUGUCUAAUAUAGUGGAUCGAAUCACCUCUGCUGAGCAAUGUGGGCUUCCUCUUCACGACUCCAACUCCUCAUCCCCCUCCACCAGCACUGAUUCUAUACCCAGCACCCCGGAAACCUCAGAUUCUCGACCUGUGUACCACGUGCUCUAAACAAUGUCUACAAUGAUCAAGGCCAUGUGCUUGAAACUAAGACAUUUCCUUGAAAUCAGAGGAUUACUAUCCCUACAUAUUGGGAGAAAUGCAUUGUAUAUGUGUAUAUAUAAAGGACAAUAAUUUACAGGCCUAAAUUAUAUUUCUACUCGGCUACAUAUCUUAUUUAACUGGACUAUGUUGACCAUUUUGGUGGUAAUUAAUACUCGUUUUUUUACAGAUAACACCAAAAAUGCUAUGCUAAAUGGUGAAAUUCUUGUUUUUGUAUUGCCUUUCAUAUCCCAUAAAUGACAUAUAGCACACUUUGUCAUUUAGAAAAUAAUUUUAAACGUACAGCAGAUGUGUGAUAUCCAUGAAUCUUGAAAUGCGUUUUGUGAUAAUUAUUUUAUAUUGUAAGGAAACCUAUGUGCAUUCACUUCAGCAAUGGCUGUUGCUGUUUGUAAUGAGAAAUAUAACUUUUUUAUAAA